UUGAGCGCGGGGGGAGGGGCCAGAGCCGAGAGGGAGCGAUGGGCCCCUCCUCGCUGCUCCUCCUCCUCUUCCUCGGCGCCACCGUGGCCCCCGCGGCCCCCCCGGACCUGGAGGAGCUCGAGGAUUACGCGGAGUGCAGCGACGGGUACGAGUGGGACCCCGAGACCGAGCACUGCAAAGACGUGGACGAGUGCGCGGCGGAGGGGCCGCCGCCGUGCCGGGGCUCCAUGAAGUGCCUGAACCAUUUCGGGGGGUACCUGUGCCUGCCCCGCUCGGCCGCGCUGCUCAGCCCCGGGCCCGGCCCCGCCCCGCCCGACGGCCGCUGCCCGCCCGGCUUCGGCCCCGCCCCCGACGGCACCUGCGCAGAUGUGGACGAGUGCGCGGGGCCCCCCCCGUGCCGGCCCAGCCAGGACUGCAUCAACCUCCCGGGGGGCUUCGAGUGCCGCUGCCCCCCCGGGUACCGGCACCGGCACACCGAGUGCGUGGACGAGGACGAGUGCCAGUUCCGCUGGUGCCAGCACAGCUGCGCCAACUCCCCCGGAGCCUUCGCCUGCCGCUGCCACCCCGGGUUCAGCCUCGGCCCCGACGGCCGCUCCUGCCUUGACGUGGACGAGUGCUCCAUGGGCGCCCGCUGCUCCCAGCGCUGCCUCAACACCUUCGGCUCCUUCCGCUGCCGCUGCCGGCCCGGCUUCGUGCUGGGCGCCGACGGCCACGAGUGCCACGACGUGGACGAGUGCCGGGCGGGGGUCCCGUGCCAGCACCGCUGCCAGAACCUCCCGGGGGGCUUCAGCUGCCUCUGUCCCCCCGGCUACGCCGAGGAGGGGGGGCUCUGCCGAGACCGGGACGAGUGCACCGAGGGCUCCCACGACUGCGGGGGGGCUCAGAGCUGCCUCAACACUUUUGGGGGGCACCUCUGUGUCCCCCGCGAGCUCUGCCGGGGACCCUACACCCCCCACCCCCGCAGCAACGGGACCUGCGUGUGUCCCGGGGGGGUCCCCGGCUGCGCCCCCCGCCCCCGCUGGCUCCUGCACCGCUUCCUGGCCAUCCCCCAAAUCCCCGACCUUCCCGCCGGCAUCUUCCAGCUCCAGCACCCCCCGGGGGACCCCAAAAGGCUGCGGCUGCGGGGGAGCCCCCCCGGCACCUUCCGCCUGCGGGCGCUGACCAAUCACAGCUCGCUGCUGGAGCUCGCGCGCCCCCUGGCGGGCCCGCGGCAGCUGCUGCUGGAGGUGGAGCUGCUCGCGACCCCCUGA